AUGUUGGAGCUGCUGCCUCGGGGCCUGAGGGUCAACACUCCUAGCUCAUUAAUUAAUGAGUUGACCAGAAGGGUGUUACAACUGGUCCAAGGAAUUGCCUAUCUGUUUGCCAAAGCUAAUCUGGUUUCCAAGAAACCACAAUACCUGGACACAUGCAUCCAGUGUGGGGAACUCAUGUGGCAGAAGGGCCUGCUGAAGAAGGGGCCAGGGAUUUGCCACGGCAUAGUUGGCAGUGCCUAUGUCUUCUUGCUGCUGUACCGGCUCAUGGGAAACUCUAAAUACAUCUACCGAACCCAAAGCUCCGUGCUGCCGUCCGUGUUCCUGUUUGUGGCCGAGAUGACGGCGGCGCUCUACCUGAGCAGCACCUACCGCACGGGAGGGGACCGCAUGUGGCAGGCGCUGACGCUGCUUUUCUCGCUGCUGCCCUGCGCGCUGGUGCAGCUCACGCUCCUCUUCGUGCACCGCGACCUGAGCCGCGACCGUCCGCUCGUGCUGCUGCUGCAUCUGCUGCAGUUCGGGCCCCUCUUCAGGUGUUUUGAAUUAUUCUGCAUGUACUUCCAGUCAGGCCAGAGUGAAGAGCCUUAUGUCAGCAUCACCAAGAGGCGGCAGAUACCCAAAAACGGCCUCUCAGAGGUGAUUGAGAAGGAGGUGGGCCAGGCAGAAGGCAAGCUGUUCACCCACCGAUCUGCGUUCAGCCGGGCAUCAGUGAUCCAGGCUUUCCUGGGCUCAGCCCCGCAACUGACCGUGCAGCUGUAGAUAAGCGUCUUGGAGCAGGACGUCAGUGUUGGAAUAAACUGGAUGGUAAAAUGUCGUAAUUCAGGGCAGGGUGACAGGAUACUUGCAUAUCCAGGUUACGUGACCAUGAUUCUUAAGAUAUGA